GGAGAUUGGGAGCUACCAUUCGCAGAAAGCAAGAGGGGGCUGAGUUGGGGGUCCAGUUUAUAGGGUCGUGGAUUCAGGUCUCGAGAGUCUAACUGUCGGGAAAAAAAAGUGAAACCCUCCUUUUAGGGGUCUAGGGCUGAGCAGGAGUUCCUUAACUUCUCUCCCUUCGCGUCUUCUUCAGGCAGGCAGAAACCAAACAGGUGAAGGCAGAAACCAAACAGGUGAAGGCAGAAACCAAACAGCUGAGUGUUCAUUUGGAGGAGAAAGGAGGAAAAUCACCCCAAAGAAAGGCAUGGCGUCUCCUGCUAGUUCAGAAGAGGAUUUAACCCCUGAUUUGUGUUUCCUGGAAGAAGACAAUGAAGAAGAAGAGGAAGAAGAAGAAAUCAGUGCACCUGAACCACUUAUGGGAGAGGAAGACCAACGGGAAGGACUCGGCUCCGGAGAAGAAGACUACCGGGAGGAGGAAAGUGUCCCGAUGGGAAGCGAUGAGCCUUCAGAAAAAGCAGGAGGAGAUUUUCAGUCUGAUGGGGAAAGUUUGGAGCCACCCACCACCUUGGGUAGCAAAAGGACAAUGAACCACGCAGACCGGGUUCGCGUCCUCAACCUACGCAGGAACUUGAACGAACUUGACAACCUAGCCAAAGGAAAAGAGAUGAUGGUUCAGAAAACCAGGGAAGAACUGAAUGCCUGUCGUUCUCGGAUCGAUAUGUUAACACUGCAGCAAAGGGACGUGGAGACAGACAUUGAGAGAGAAAAGGAGGCUGGCAACGUGGCCAGCGUAUUCCACCUCCAGGCGAUGCUUCGGCGCUUGCGUGCUGAGCUGGGAAAUGAAAAGGACCUUGAGGCCAAAAUUGCGCAGCUCCUGAACGAAAAUGUGUUUGAGAUGUGGAAGAUCGAAAUCGAACAAGGGAAUUUCUCCGAGCUGCGCCGGCAGGUCAAACGGGACGAAGGGGAGCUGGACCGGCAGCAGCAGGAACAGGCCAAGGAGCGCCUCCGGAAGCAGGAGGGCAGAGCUCAGCAGCUGAACCGUCGGUGGCUGGCCACAGAGAGAAAAAUACAAGAUGCUCAGAAGGAUUACGAGCAGAGGCUUCCCAGAGCUUUACAAGACGCUCAGAAGAAUCACGAAAAGGCGAUCCGGUUUUUGAAAAGCAGCCUAAGAAGGGUCCGUGAGAAGGAAGCCAAGGAAGAACAGAAGUACCAGGAGUACAUGCAGAAGAGGAGAGAGACUGUGUUAUCUCUGAAGCAGAACAUUGAUUCCCAUCGGGAACAUCUCCAGAACCUUCAGGUCCUGGACAAAGCCAAGGCUCUUCACGCUCAACAGCAAGAGCAGAAGAUAAAAGAGGCCAUCCAGGCUCAAGGGCUCAACGCCACCCGGGCGGUUUUUCUCCACAAACGGCAGCUGGAGGCGGAGAAGAAGAAGAAGGAGUUUCUGGAACAGCAGAAAGCAAGGAAGUUAGAAAUUGUCGCUCAGAUUUUGAAAGAAGACGCCCAGCUGGAGAAGGUAAAGAAGCAGGGCCUCCCGCAGAGGGCGAAGCGCCCGGAGAAGCUUUCCGACGCCGUAAGGUGGCGCCUGAAAACCUGGCGGUACAUAGAGGAAGCGUGUGACGAUGCAGUGGCAGCUGUCACUCAGAAACCUUGGCGUACCCUUUCGUCCUGUGACUCCCUGGAUGAUCGAAGUGGCGCCGGGGAAGCUUCGCAGGAGACGGUCCCAGAAAGGGAAGAGAAAAAAGAGGAAGAAGAGCAGAGAAAGACUCUCGCUGAACCGGAGUUUGGGGGGAUUUGGGACCCAGAAGGCAGCCUCUCCAAGGGCGAAGAUGACAGAACAGACUCCAGCCUUCAUGGGAGAGCAGAACUGGAAAGGGAAAUUAUUGCUCCAGAAACAGAAAAGCUGCAUCAUGGUGUCAUUAACAAACCUCGGGUUUGUGGACGUGAAUUUAAAGGGUGCCCUUUCUAUAGCAAACCGAGCGUCAUUCAUUUCAAGGACUUUGAUAUUGGUAAAACCUACAAAAAAAAGAUGGUCUUAAUCAACGCUUUCUAUGCGAUUAACUAUUGCAAGCUUGUCGGGGUCACUGAACACCUGAAGGACUUCAUCACUGUUCUGUUUGAUCCUCCCGGUCCGAUGUCUGCCGGAAUGUCUUGCGAAGUUGGGGUGACUUUUAAACCGAUGAUCAAUGAAGAUCUUGAAGGAGAAGUCACAUUUUUAUCCCAAAUUGGUUCCUUUUCAAUCCCACUAAAAUGUUCAACAAAAAAGUGUGUGCUGGCGCUUGAUAAAGAUCUCAUUGAUUUCGGCACUCAUGUGGUCGGGCAGACAGUUUCACGGAUCAUCACCUUGACGAACUCCGGCGCCUUGGGAACACGCUUCCAGCUUGGCAAAUCAGCCGGCACUGAUGCUGCCCAGAUGACGACAGCCUUGCCAUCCACCGAGAGGACGGUUAGUCUCAGCGAAAACUUUUUUUCCUCCCAUGGACUCCGAGAAACGCCAAAUGGUGCUGAUCAGCAGAUCUUAAAAAUAGUCCUGGACAGUCUCGAGAGGCCUGCUCGUUUCCCCAGAGGGAUCCAUCAUCCUCCCCCCACCACCCUUUCCCCCUCACGUCUGUUUGGGUGGAACGCUGCCCACCAAAAUCCAGCGUCAAGCUGUCGCCGAAGUUUUGCUGAAGUGCAGAAGGAUGAAAAGAAACCGCGCAAGGCUUCUGCCAUCUUCACAGCUGACACAAAUAUAUUUCAGGGUGAUUUUUCGCGGUGCCCCCCCCCAAGCGUCAGCGAGAAAGGCAGCAGCUGUACUCUGGAGGGGUCCACGCUUGAGAAGGAAACUGCUUCUGGCUCUGAGGAGGUGGUCCAGCACAUAGCGCUGCUCGACAAGCUAAGGCCCAACAUGACUUCGACAAACAGCGCAUUUGAACAAUUCAGUGGAAUGGUUUCUCAGACGAGCGUCAGCGGAGAAAAGCCACUCAGCUCUCUGGAUGUGAGCCGUCUCGGACCCCCAUCUGAGGAAGAACUACCCGAAAUUACGUUGGGCGAGGUGACCGAAGGUGACAUUGGGCCUUUUACCUCCAUCAAACUUCAGAUUAUUUUCACCCCAACAGUCCCGGGGGACGUGCGAGCGGAUUUUGAGAUUACGUUUGACAACCCGGACUGCAGACCGCUGCGUUUCGCUGUCACGGCCGUCUCCGUGGCCGUACCCGUUUGGGUGCGCAAUCCUGACGUCGAUCUGAAAAUCUGCAUGUACGACAGGCUUUAUCAGGACUGCAUCAUCGUUCAGAGCAGAGCGACCAGCGCCCUGCGCUUGAGGUUUGAAGUUUGCAAAGAACUGGCCAACCACAUGGAGCUGCUUCCAAAGACAGGCUACAUCCAAGCCCAGUCGUCCUUCAGCGUGCAGCUGAAAUUCCUGCCAAGGCACUCCCUUCGGGAAGAUGCUGGAAAAUACUUUGAUGAAAAAACCAGAGUGUUACAAGUGCCCAUGACAAUUAUUGUUUCAGACCAGAGCAAGCCCGUCGAAUUUACUGUCCAUGCCGUGGUCACUACCUCUGACUUGGAGAUAAGCCCCACAGAGCUGGAUUUUGGAUACUGUUCGAUCUACGAAGCCGUCCGGUCAACAAUCACGCUGACGAACAAAUCCAUCCUUCCCCAGGGUUUUGGCUUUGUACGGGUCCAGGAGUUUGUAGAAAUUCAGCCCAACGAUGGGUUCGGCGUUCUCCUGCCCCUUGAAAGCUUGAGCCUGGAUGUCAUCUUCAAAGCCCAUAAAGCGAAGCAAUACUGUUUUGAGCUGACGUGCAAGACCGAGAUCAACAGGCAAUUCAAGGUGUCAUGUAAAGCUGUCGGGGUGCACCCUCCUUUGGAGCUGACUCAUGCCUUGAUUCAGUUUCCCCCCACCGCUCUCAACGACACGUCGGCCACGAGGAUCCACAUCGUCAACUCCCACGUGGGCUACAGCCGGUUUGACGAUUUUGUCCCGCGGAUCGGGGACGGGGAGGUGGCCCCCGUUGGGCCCACUUCCUUCCAGUUCCUGGUGCCCGAGGACUCUCCUAUCACCAUCAUGCCGUGCGUCGGAACCGUUCUGCCGGGGAAGAAGUGCGUCCUGGAAGUGUCCUUCCACCCUGUGUUGUGCGACCAGCUGAUCCGGCAGGAGGCCGUUCACCUGAUGUGCCAGGAGGCCGAAGCCAAGGCCCAGAUGGAAAAGAAGGCCCGGGAAUUGGAACUGCAGAAGAAGAAAGAGGAGGCCAUGGUGGGACGUAAGGAUGGGAAGAAGAUGGCCAGCAUCUCUUUCCUCGCUCAACCCUCCAAGGAUAAGCACGCCUCCAAGCCGUUUGAGGUGCCUUGCCCAGAGGACAUCUGCCCAAACUCCGAAGAGUAUAUCGCGGCUCACCUGUCCUUGGUGCGGAGCUUCAGCGCCCGAUUCGACCGCUACGUCAUCCCGUGUCUUGUCGCCAGUGGCCAGAUCGACGAGAAGCGAGGUGCCGAAAACCUGCACUUCAGCCCUUAUAAUACCUUGUACCUGGAACUGCACUGUCCUUCCAGAGCUCCAGUUGUGGUCGUGACGUCCAAUAAUGGCCGGACGUUCUUCAACUUUGGGGACGUUGCCGUAGGACACAGGAUUAAGAAGGAAGUCACAAUACAGAACAUAUCCCAAGAACUACUGUCUCUGGAAUAUUCCCUCCUGAACCCCUUUGGCCCUUUCCUCUUGGCAAACCCCAUCCUCACGCUCGGGGAAGGGGAGUCCCGCGCCCUCGUCCUCUCGUUCUGCCCGGAGGAAAACAAGUCGUUCUUCGAAACACUGGAACUCCGUAGCGAGAAGGCCACCCUAACCCUUACCUUGACUGGCCGGGGUGUGAUCACCUCUAUUGCUUGCUCGGUGGAAGGCGAUGUGUUCAACAUGGGAUAUGUCAUCGCCAAAGAAACAGCCACGGCAACCUUCAAGAUAGAGAACACUUCAACUCUUCCCUUGAAAUACACCAUUGUCCUGGAAUCUCUCUCUCCAAACAGAGACCAAGAUCUGCAGAAGCUCCCCCCUUUCCUUUCGUCCCGAGGGACAACGGAUUUAGUGGGUACUCAGAACUACAGCGGCUUGAGCGUGUUCACCGUCACCCCCGUCGAAGGCGUCAUCGGUUUGGGCAAAUUUCAGGAAUUUACUGUCACCUUCAGUCCUGAUCACGAGAGCCUGUAUUACUCCGAUAACAUCCAGGUCUUGCUGUUUGACAAGGAAGUGAUUUGUGAGAUCCGACUCAAAGGGGCGGCCAGAAACCACAUGAUGUUUGUGGAAGGAGGUGAUCCCCUGGACGUCCCUGUAGAAUCGCUGGCGGUGACGACGUCUCUGGCCGAAGAAGCCGGCCUAUCUGAAAACGAGAAGGCCACGAAUUCCCUGCUCAUCAGCCUGGAGUGUGUUCAGUCAGAGACUUUUGUCAUACCCGCUGUGAGGGAAUUGAGAGUCGGGGCCAUACGGACCACCCAGUUUGCCUCAAAGAAGAACGUGGAGUUCAGCUGGGAAAGCCUGCAAGUUCUGCAGCUCAAAGGCUUCACCGUUGACCCCGUGAAAGGCACGGUGGAACGUGGACAGACCAAGACGAUCAAUAUUUCUUGGGUGCCCCCUGCUGGCUCCGAUCCCAUUCAGCCUGUGACCGGGUCAGCCAUCUUGACUGUGAAAGGUGACGUUAAAGAAAUUUAUAGUGUCUACUUCAUGGGUAGGAUCGUAACCAGAAACCCAGCUGACUGAUGUUAUUCUGGGCCUUCUAGAAACAGAUGUCACGGCGGUUAAUGACUGUUUAUACUCUUCAAGCAGAUCAGCUGGAGGAACAUUCCGUCUUCGUCGUCGGGGACCCAACGAGGUCUGUUCCCGGGUGAUAAUUGCACACCCCGGGUGGAGCUAUAAAAGACCAAUAAUUACAUUGUAGGAGUUUGCUUAGCCCAGUAUGUGGUCACUGCAUGCAAAUGUGUGUGAUCAGCCAGUUAUUAUUACAAUAAAGGCGUGUUCC